AUGGACGAUCCUCAGACCUUCAUCGACCCGAACCUGACAGCUCCAGACCUGGUUGUCCUGAAGGACCUAUAUCGAGACAUCACAGCCCAGCCCAGUACAACCCAUCUCUCCGCACAGCAAAAACAAGAAACCAAACAGCAUCAUGACGACGAAACCGCCGACUCGAUCGAAAAGCUGCAUGCUUUCAACACCCCUUCACACCCGUCCUUCGAGCCCACUGUCUUCGUGAGCUGCGACUUGCCCUACCUGCGCGCCAAACUCCCUCCAGCCAUAUACAACCACCUACUCCUCCCAUACAUCAGCUUUGCCCGCAGAAUUGUCCGCGUCGAGACCGACGUGGUCAUGCUCACCCACCUGAUUCUCUACUUCUCGACCUCCGUGCCUUCCGCGCUCCUCCUAUACCGCCACUUCACGUACCCGCACGCCGUGCUGCACUGGCUGAUGCAGAGCUACUACGUCGGCACAUACACCUUAAUGAUGCACCAGCACAUCCACAUGGGCGGCAUCCUGUCCAAAGCGAACCCUCUCCUCCGCCUCUUCGACGCCGUCUUUCCCUACAUCACGAACCCACUGAUGGGCCAUACUUGGAACUCGUACUACUAUCACCACAUCAAACACCACCACGUCGAAGGCAACGGGCCGGACGAUCUCUCCUCUACCCUGCGCUACCAGCGUGACUCGCUGCCGGAUUUCCUACACUAUGUGCUGCGCUUCAUGUUCCUGGUGUGGAUUGAGUUGCCACUGUACUUCCUCCGCAAGGGCCAUUAUGUGCAGAGCUUAAAGGCGUUCUUCUGGGAGUUCUCCAGCUACAUCUCUAUCGCCGCGCUGUACAAAUACGUCGAUGCACGUGCGACCGUGUUUGUCUUCAUCAUCCCGCUUGCGCUGCUCAGGGUUGGGCUGAUGGUGGGCAACUGGGGCCAGCAUGCGCUCGUGGACGAGGAGGAUCCGACGUCUGAUCUACGCAGCAGCAUUACGCUGAUUGACGUUGCGUCCAAUCGCUUCUGCUAUAAUGAUGGCUACCACACCUCGCACCACCUCAACCCGCGACGACACUGGCGCGACCACCCGCUUGCGCUGCUCCGCGCCAAGGACAAGUACCAGAACGAGCGAGCGCUGAUCUUCAAAAAUAUAGACUAUAUCAUGAUGACCGUGAAGCUAAUGCAGAAGGACUAUACGUAUCUCGCGAAAUGCCUUGUGCCAAUCGGCGAGCAGCAGAUAGGGAUGACGCUUGAGCAGAAAGCGGCGAUGCUGCGGACGAAGACGAGGAGGUUUUCGGAGCAAGAGAUUAAGCAGAAGUAUGGUUGUAAAUAG